AUGGGUUUGAUACAUUCUCUUGUUUGGAUAAUCUGUUUUCUUCGUUUUUCCUCUCAGUUUGAUGUCAGUGUUUUCAAUGAGUCGGAUUCCUUGUCGCCAUCAAACAAACGAACUAUUGUUUCUGCGGGAGGAGUAUUCGAGCUUGUGAGAAGCUACGUUUGGGUUGCCAACAGAGACGAGCCUCUCAACAACUACAAUAGAACCUUAGAAAUAUCUGAAGCAAAGCAACACUCGUUAUCCGGGACCCAUCUGAUAACCGGAUCGUGUGGUCAAGCUCAAGUUCUGGUUCAGGGUCUCCGAUGGCAAAGCUGUUCGGUAACGGAAACUUUGUGCUGA